AUGGAAGGUGUGGUUCCUCAUUCCCAAGCUGGUUCUCAUGCGCAAAGUUCCGGCCAUCAUUCUAAAUCAAUAGUCUCCAACAGUCCGCCUAAUCGUUUGCUCCCAUCAAGUAUUGCUCACUCGGACGAAGAUCAAAUCGCUUGGAUGCGUGACCGAAACAAAAAAGAUAGUCAUAAUCGAAUCGAGCGCAAGCGCCGUGAUUAUAUAAAUUGUCAGAUUUCUGAAUUGGGUGAGCUCUUGCCGGAGAGUUUGUUUCGUGAAGGAGAGUGUAAGAAAAACAAAGGAAGCAUUCUGAAAAAUUCUGUUGAAUACAUAAAUAUUUUGCGAAAUGAAGCUUCUAAGUGCAUUGUCAUUCGCAAGGAGGCUGAGUUGGCGGCAACUGUAAUCACUAGGCUUGAGAAACGAAUUUCUGAGCUUGAGAAGUGCAUGAAGCUAGAGCAGACUUCUCCUACUCUUUUGCCAGAGGAUAUGUCGCCACCAACCGAAUUUGAAUGUUCUCCUCAGUUGCAUGAAUGGCGCUCUAUGCAUGAAUCGAAUUUAGCCAACGGAAGCUUCUCAACUUCCCCCCUUAUCGGCCUUCUGCUCACUCAAUCCUUGCCCACACAGUCAACUUCUUGCAUUAUCCAUCAACAACAACAGCAGCAGGCUCCUUUGUUGACGCAAUUAGGUAACUGCAGUGGUGGCGCCGGAAGCCUCCCUUCGCCUGGGGGCACCUUCAUUUCUGGCGAAGCAAGUGAGUCCUCUCCUGGCCUCUCUUCCCUGUGCAAUGAGGAUACUCAGUUGGUCGUCGGCAGUCUAGGCAAUAUGGGUAUCCUUGUGUCAGGAACAAAUGGAAGUGGUCAAGCCUUGCAAUUGGCCGGAACUUCAGUCGGUUCAAGCAUGCAGGGAGACUCGAAGCUGUUUUCCGGUAGGAAGUACAUUAUUUUAUUGAGUUUCAAUUACAUUUGCAUAAAAUCGCUGCUGCCAUCUUGA